AUGACCCCUCCCGACCACUUUGACUCUCAUUCCAUAAGUGCUGUGCUCGCCAGCCAUGUGCUGUGCUCACCAUGUGCUGUGCUCACCAUGUGCUGUGCUCACCAUGUGCUGUGCUCACCAUGUGCUGUGCUCACCAUGUGCCGUGCUCACCAUGUGCUGUGCUCCCCAUGUGCUGUGCUCACCAUGUGCUGUGCUCACCAUGUGCUGUGCUCACCAUGUGCUGUGCUCACCAUGUGCUGUGCUCACCAUGUGCUGUGCUCACCAUGUGCCGUGCUCACCAUGUGCUGUGCUCCCCAUGUGCUGUGCUCACCAUGUGCUGUGCUCACCAUGUGCUGUGCUCACCAUGUGCUGUGCUCACCAUGUGCUGUGCUCACCAUGUGCUGUGCUCACCAUGUGCUGUGCUCUAUGCAUGAACAAUUGGCAAGUGGAACCAGGCUCAGUGCCAUCCACGAUGGGCAUUCCGCAGAGGGAGGGAGGCGGCUGAAUCAACCUGCAGUUAUGGCUAUCGAGAGGGAGGCAAGUGAGAUAACUGAAACAGUAAAUGGACUGUUCGGAUUAGUGAGAGGGGAGUUGGCAGCAUUGAGGGGGGAGCUGGUAGUGGUCAGGGAGGAGGUGGCUCGACAGAAAGAGCGUGUGUUGAUUCUGGAUGAGAGAAACCGGGUGCUGGAAAAUGAGGUGAAUGAGUUGAGGCGUGCACUGGGUGUUGUGGGCGAGAGGAGUGUGGCGACUGCUGCUGUGGUGGAGGAGAGGGGGAGAGAGUUGGCAGCAACGAAGGGGGAGGUGGUUGGACUCAAAGCAGAGAUGAAUGGAGUGAAGGGGGAGCUGGUUGGAGUGAAGGUGGACCUGCCAGGGAGGUAUGCAAGUGGAGGAGGGAGGCAUGCAAGUGGAGGAGUGAGGCAUGCAAGUGGAGGAGUGAGGCAUGCAAGUGGAGGAGUGAGGCAUGCAAGUGGAGGAGGGAGGCAUGCAAGUGGAGGAGUGAGGCAUGCAAGUGGAGGAGUGAGGCAUGCAAGUGGAGGAGUGAGGCAUGCAAGUGGAGGAGUGAGGCAUGCAAGUGGAGGAGUGAGGCAUGCAAGUGGAGGAGUGAGGCAUGCAAGUGGAGGAGUGAGGCAUGCAAGUGGAGGAGUGAGGCAUGCAAGUGGAGGAGGUAGGCAUGCAAGUGGAGGAGUGAGGCAUGCAAGUGGAGGAGUGAGGCAUGCAAGUGGAGGAGUGAGGCAUGCAAGUGGAGGAGUGAGGCAUGCAAGUGGAGGAGUGAGGCAUGCAAGUGGAGGAGUGAGGCAUGCAAGUGGAGGAGUGAGGCAUGCAAGUGGAGGAGUGAGGCAUGCAAGUGGAGGAGUGAGGCAUGCAAGUGGAGGAGUGAGGCAUGCAAGUGGAGGAGUGAGGCAUGCAAGUGGAGGAGUGAGGCAUGCAAGUGGAGGAGGGAGGCAUGCAAGUGGAGGAGUGAGGCAUGCAAGUGGAGGAGUGAGGCAUGCAAGUGGAGGAGUGAGGCAUGCAAGUGGAGGAGUGAGGAGUGAGGCAUGCAAGUGGAGGAGUGAGGCAUGCAAGUGGAGGAGUGAGGCAUGCAAGUGGAGGAGUGAGGCAUGCAAGUGGAGGAGUGAGGCAUGGAAUGGUGGUUCAACUUUUGAGGCGCCUCAAAAAUGGUGGUUCAACUUGCAUGCUGCAGAGAGUUUGGAAAUGGUCGGGCCUUGCUGUUGGUGGGCAGAAGCAGGUGCAGAGCCGGUUGGGCAAGAGACCACUGUGUGCAUGAGGGGAGCUGCAUAG